CCUAUCGGCAAAGUGUUGGCCUAUGAUCAGACGAAGUUAUCUUUGGCCAGACCAGGGGUUGCUAGAGUUUGUGUGGAGGUUAAUCUACUAUCAAAUAAUCCAUCCAGGAUUUGGUUGGACAUGAGAGAUGAAGGGGCAAGAUGGCAGAAGAUUAUUUAUGAAAAGAGUAAGAAAUACUACAAGUCUUGCAGGAAGAAGGUCCAUGGGGAAGACGACUGCCGAAGAAGAAAGGUUACCGAUUUGGAAGUUGACGAUAAAGGAAAAAAUCCUUUGAGGACUGAUACACAAACAGAAAAGGUAACUAAUGAUAAAGGGAAAAGGAAGCAAAGUGAGCAGGCUGGAAACCCCACAAUGCAAACUAAGGAAAGAGGGUCUGGGUUUAGAAAGGAUAAGGAUAAUUUGAGGCAACCUAAUUUAACUGCCAAGAAUAAAGGGGUAUGGAUUCAACAGAAUAAGGGAGGAGAAUUGAAAGAUUUUACUACCAAAAAUGGUAGCUGUAACACCAAAAUUAAUGAGGGAAGACCUUUGGAAGUCGGAAAAGAAGAUAUGCCAGACAAGGGAGAGCAUUCAGGCAAAGAUAACGUAGACCAUAAUGGAGAAGAUUUCCUGCCAAAGGAAAGUAGCAGAAAGUUAUUGAGAAGAUAUUGGGUUCCAGUCCACAUGAGGUUCUAG